GACCGGCUUUCGUCUCCUCGACCUCGUGUAUCGCGUACGCCGUCUCCAUCUUGCCUAGCGACGCAUUCAGUUAGCCACAUGGUUUGUCAGGUAGCUUGGGAUGGUUGUGGUUGGUGGUGACCGGCCGUUCGAGCAUUUCGGUCAGAGAACUGACCGGCACGCGGGCGUCUCCUGUCGAUAACCGGGCCAGGUUUUGAUCCUAUUCUGUACAAAAGAAUCGAAGGCGCACGCUCUGUCCCAAGGGCAAACACAUUCACCAUGGCGCAAACGCAACAGCAGCAAUUUUCAUCACAGCCUUUUUCUCCUCCCGUUUCUUCACCAUCCCCAGGUGCAGGAUCGCCGGUGAAUGGAGGCAUUCCCCCUCCGUCAAAGCGACCGCGUCUCUCUCCUCAUCCGCAAUCCCAGUCUCCCUAUGCUUCUCCAAGCUUUGGUACCCUGCAGCUACCGCAGAAUCCGUCACCGGCUCCAAACGGGAUGAAUCUCAACGGCUUCACUCCUACGUCCGCAGCUCCACCUCCCCCGCCACCGCCAGCUCCGGGGACAAUGGGGCCGCCAUCUCGCCCGGCAGACAAAGCUACCGAUGCAGCAGAGCUGACAGAUGUUCUAGCAUCGUCUGGUAUCGAUGUCAGGGAAGAGGAGGCUUUCCUCACUAGCAGUUACUCAGCGCCUUCUGUUCAGGCCCAGCAACCUCCGCGAGCGCUGCAGAUUCCACCAACACCACCGCUGAAUACGUCCUUUACUUCUCAGGCUUCUACAAGCGAACCCAUAUCUACAGCUGGCAGUUUCAAUAGUACCUCACUAGUAAGGCCACCUGCGUCUCAGGAGGCUGUGUACGCAGAGUCGGCUGCGAAACCCCCCGCCCCCUUCAAGGAUCCAAACGAGCCGACAAGGGAGGAUACACAGGCUGCUAGGCGUGCGCAGUAUCAUUUGCAAGAACCGUUUCUCUUAACCAAGGUUCUCGAACAAAAGCUUCAAAAGCGGGGAUUGGACCUCGGUGUCCGUAUACCUGCAGAAGGUCUAUUCCAUCCAGUACCCGGACGCUCGCAGCCGAUCGAAGUAACCGGGCCUGAUGGGUCAUCCGUUGUACGUACAGGACAAACAAUCCUAAACCAGGAAGGAGCACCUCUAGUGGACAUACUUAAUCUCUUAUCCCUCACUUGCGAAGAACGGUUACGAAACGUGAUCGAUUAUUCUGCGACACUUGCAAGGAGUCGACGGGCACACUCUCAUGGUGCUGUCCCCACAGAAUGGAAUGAUUUGGCACAGACUUUUGGUUCCACCAGUGAAGUUCCUGCCAGCCCUAAAAGCUUCUCGCUCAAACGACCCCAUUCGGCAAUGGAGAAAGUCCGCUUUCUUAUGGAACAGGACGCUGCUCUUGAAGAAGCCCGUAAUUCCAAACGCGCCAAACGUGAUGCGACUGCUAUAUUGGAAGGACAGUCCAAUAGAGCGGAGUCGGCGGACAUGGUAGCGUCUGGUACAUCUACUCCUAUCGGAGAAAAAGCGCCGAGCCUUGAGAAGAAGGGGUUGUCUAAAAAGGAAGCGAGGAAGCUGGCCGAUGCGAAAACUAGCGAAGCCCAACAACACCAGCAAUCCGUCGAGACGGCACGGUUGGCGACCAGCGGCAUGAUGUCCGGCCGCAUGUUCGGAACCAAGAAGUCGUACGCUUGGCUAACCCGCUCCCGGCCCAGCGGGUUUUCUGCGCCAUCGCGACCUGGCUUUACGACGCCGGGUGCAGGGGCAGAGAAAGCCGGGCGUCCUGGGGAGACUCCAGUUGUACCAAGCAAACGGUUUGGAACUUGGCGGGAAGACAAGGAGAAGGGCGCAGGCAUUCAGGUUCGAGAUAUAUUAUUCAUGCUCGAACUGGAUGGACGAGGGGCCAGGCAUGUGCAGAAAGCCUACGCAAAGGAUAUCAGGGAAGACCGAUUGGAUUGAUCGAUUGUACACUGUCCUUUACCCCCUCCCCCUUUUUUUUUCUUCCUUCCUCCUUCUUUUCCCCUUCUUGUACUCUCCACGUCUACUCGCAUUCACCUUUUCAUCUAUCGACAACCAUCGGGGUCUCCUUCACGGUUGCUGCGCGGGACCGUAGUCUUCUUCGGUGUUGGAGGGGCGUCUUUAUUGCUUUACGUGGGGUUGUUUCGUUUGGUGCAGUACCGCAUAGUACAUGUUUUUCUCAUCAUUGACGAGUUCCCGCAAAGCUCCUUUAUAAUGCUUGCAUUUCUCUCUUUGCUACUUAUUUAAUCACCGAGGAAACCAAAAAGCAUGUCCCCUUUUGACAAGUGACCCUGGUCCGAACUACGUGAGCGGCUGUAUGUUGUCGGGCUGGGCCUUUUCAUACAAUUUCAAGCUAUGUGCAAGAGUGAGAAGCAGGAGGUGCGCCAGUCACGUGAGGCUUCUGUAGGCAUUAAAUAGAGCAGGACUGAUGUCAUAAAAAUCGAUGACUAAUCACACAGCGGUACGGCGGACUGCACAUACCAGCUGCGCAGUGUUUUUGGCGAUUUCCAACAAGCAUUAUGCCUUGCCACUGAACAAGCGCUGAAGGUGGCCCCGGACACGAAUAUCGUCAGACACAUCUCCAAUCAAAGUAAACGACACGAGAUGAACACAAACAGAGAACAGAAAAGGGAACAAAGGCGAGAAUGGCUCUGUGGAGCGGAUAGGAUCCUCGGGUUGGCCCCGUCAAGUGCGGAGGCGGACUGAUUAAUGCAAGCCUAGAUCCAUCGACAGAAGGCGUCGAUAUUCCGUAUUAUUUAAUGUCUGUUUUGCCGCCAGCCGGUUAACUUUACUGGCAUCGCACAGGGCGACAGGCAUUGGGAGUCCUUCAUUCCCUUCCAGUGUUGGCCAGGCUACCAUGGGUGCACGCCCGUCUGGAAAUGCCUGCAGGGAUCUGUCUGCAUGUGCGGAUUAAUCAUUACAGAGUUGCUCCUCAAUAAAAUAGCAUGAAAUAUGCCAAAAUAAAA